UCCUCGACGACAAACAGCCAAAGUCCGUGCGUGCACAGCCGCUGCUUUCUCCUUCGCCCCAGCGCCUCCCCGUCCGACAGCUGCAGCUCCGCGUACGUCAGCGUGGCGGCAAAAGGUGCAGGAGGAGAGAGACGGAGGAAGCGCCGCAGUUUAAUUAACUGUCCGACCAAACGCCGCCGUCACCGUUGACGUGACGGCUUCAUUCAUUCAUUCACUCAGCGGAGGGACGGCGACGUCAGCGGACACCAUGUCAAAGGACGCCCGAGCCAAAGGGUCAUCACGAAAGCACAGCGCCACCCAUUGGUGUCUUCAGAAUAUUGCACAAGAAUCAGUGGACAGCUCUGAUGAAGAGUUUUUUGAUGCCAGAGCAGAUGUUAUGGAGGGAAAGAGCGCCAUUCUGCUGGGCAUGAGUCAGUGGAACUCCAAUGACCUGGUGGAGCAGAUCGAAACUCUGGGACACAUGGAGGAUCAGUCACAUGACGGUCUGUACCAACUGGGUAGUCCACGCUGUGGCCCUCAGAGCAGCACUGAAGGACUGGAGGAUGAAGAGAGGAAAUGUAAGACCCACGUGCUGCUGCUUGUGGUGCAUGGUGGAAACAUCUUGGACACGGCAGGCGGUGACCCCAGCAUAAAAGGUGGUGAUGUCACCACACUGGCGUCCGUGCUGGAGAAGGUGACCAGGGUGCACUUCCAGGCAGCUGCUGAGCAUGUGAUGAUCAAGCUGGUGCCGUGUCCAGCUGUGUGUGCUGAAGCCUUCUCCCUGGUGUCCAAUCUGAACCCAUACAGCUACGAUGAGAGCUGUGUGUCCAGUAGUGUCGACCACCUGCCGCUGGCUGCUCUUCCCCUGCUAGCUAUCGUCUCACCUCGUUACCAAGAUGCUGUGGCAGCCGUCAUCGCCCGAGCCAAUCAGGUCUAUCACAGCUUCCUGCAGUCAGAAGACGGUCAAGGAUUCACAGGUCAGGUUUGCCUGAUGGGCGACUGUGUUGGGGGUGUACUGUGCUUUGAUGCUUUGUGCUUCAGCAAUAACCAGAGGCCUGGGAGCCCCAACAACAGCAGCAGGAACAACAGCACCGAGAGCCUGAAGGAAACCUCAGGCCUGCUGGGAGAGUCCAGCCCCGGCCUCAGUUCUAGCAAGAGGCUGAGCAAGAGCAACAUCGAUCUGUCUGGCCCCAACAACGGACAAGGCCAGGGCGGGCCACCGCUCAGCCGAAAGCAGAGCGACUCCUACGACGGAGACGCCUCAUCCACCAGCCAGCGUGGCUUUUUCUCCAGUCUGAUGAAAGAGAGCGUAGAGGUUCGAGCUGACAAUAGCACCAGCCUGGUGUUGAACCCGGGCCGAUUCGACUUUGAGGUAUCGGACUGCUUCCUGCUCGGCUGUCCGCUGGGCCUGGUGCUGGCCAUGAGGCGGACUGUGCUCCCUGCAGUCCAGGUGAACCAGCUUCAUCCAGCUUGCUCUCAGAUUUUCAACCUCUUCUACCCGUCGGACCCUUCGGCCUCCAGAUUGGAGCCACUGCUGCAGCCGCUCUUCCACAAGUUGCCCCCCUUUGCAGUGCCACGCUACCAGCGUUACCCUCUAGGAGAUGGACGGUCAGCACUUAUUGCGGACAAUAUUCAAGGACAUCCAAACGUGUUUUUGGAAAGUGACCAGACCCCCACCGUGCCAACAUUAAGACUCUCCUUUGAGGGUAAGACUGAAGGAGGAGAAGAAGGCGGUCGCAGGGGCAGCGUGACCAGCGUGGACAGCGAAACGUCCGUUUGCUCAGUGGGCCGACUGGGCAACGCAAUCGCUAACAUUUCCAGCAGCUGGUGGGGACCCAAGAGGCUGGACUACGCACUCUACUGUCCUGAUGUGCUGACUGCCUUCCCAACGGUGGCUCUGCCUCAUCUCUUUCAUGCCUCCUACUGGGAGUCUACCGACGUAGCAGCUUUUGUUCUGCGGCAGCUCAUGAGAUGUGAUUGUGUGAAGACCCAGGAAGCGGACAAUUUGGACUCAGUUCCAUUCUCUCCCUCCAGCCCACGGGAAAAAUGGCUCAGGAGGAGGACACAUGUCAAACUAAGGAACGUCACUGCUAACCACAGGGUCAACGACGUCAUUGCCACUGAGGAUGGACCUCAGACCCUGGUCGGUCGCUUCAUGUAUGGUCCCUUAGACAUGGUCACCCUAACUGGAGAAAAGGUGGACAUCCUGCUGAUGACACAGCCUCAGUCAGGCCGCUGGGUCCACUUUGACACCGAGGUGACCAACAGCAGUGGCAGAGUCACGUAUACCAUACCCAAGAGCAAGAAGCUCAGCCUCGGAGUUUACCCCGUCAAAAUGGUGGUGAAGGGCGAUCAGACAAGCGCAGAGGCCUACCUGACUGUGUUACCACGGGGCAUGGAGUGUGUCGUAUUCAGCAUCGACGGCUCCUUCGCUGCCAGUGUGUCAAUCAUGGGCAGUGAUCCUAAAGUCCGACCCGGAGCUGUGGACGUCGUCAGGCACUGGCAGGAUCUUGGAUAUCUGAUCAUCUACAUCACAGGUCGUCCUGAUAUGCAGAAGCAGCGCGUUGUAUCUUGGCUUUCGCAGCACAACUUUCCUCAUGGGAUGAUAUUCUUUUCUGAAGGCCUGGUUCACGAUCCGCUGCGACAGAAGACCAUUUUCCUCAGGAAUCUGAUACAGGAGUGUCACAUAAAGAUCAACUCUGCAUAUGGCUCCAUGAAGGACAUCUCUGUUUACAACAUGCUGGGCCUCAGUUCUUCACAGAUCUAUAUCGUUGGCAGGCCUUCGAAGAAAUAUCAAAACCAGUGCCAGUUCCUGAGUGAGGGUUACGCAGCACACCUCUCCACCCUUCAGUUUGGGCACAGAGCGAGACCCAAGAAAUCCUCGUCUGUCCGCAUGGUCCUGAGGAAAGGCUCUUUUGGUCUCUCGCCAAAGUCUGACUUCCUUUGCAAGCGUACCCACCUGCGCAGAACCAUGUCGGUGCAACAACCCGACCCACCGUGCACCCCAAACCCCAAACCCGAGCGCGCCCAGAGCCAGCCAGAGUCAGAUAAGGACCAUGGAGGAGCUGGAGGUGGAGGCAGUGCACAGGGUACAUGGGGACGGAGCUCCAUGCAGCGUGGCGACACCACACCCUGAUGUUAAAAAAAAUAAUAAUAAUAAUAAAGAUUGAAGAUUUGUGGAGAGAAAAGAAGAUCAAAGGCCAAGCAUCAGUUCUCCAGCCCAGCUUUACCGCCUGAUUGCCCUCCACACUUUGCCGCAUGUUUGGUCCUUUUUUCCUCGCCUCCUUGUUGGAUACUGUCUCAGUAUUUGUGCCUCAAUUUUUAAACAGCUGCCAGGGAUGGUGUCGAAUAUUCUGAACGCCUGUGUUAAGCCCAGACUUUGACCUGGGAACACUCCUGCACAUGCAGGUGGUAAAAUAUGUGCUGUGACUUUAAAAGGAGAUCUCACUAGAAACGUGGUCCUGCAUCGUUGCCAGUGUAAAUAUUUGGCACACAUCCUGUGUGCAUGGACACAGAAGUAACAUGACAUUCCAGCUCAACCUGUGCGUGAGCUGGAUGAGUCGACCUCGGGGAGCAGAGACCUCCAUUUCGCUUUUGACCUCCAUUUCGCUUUGCGACUUGCUUUAUCUGACUCUUCUUCCCUUCAGCCAGUCAGGCAGAAGACGCCUUUUGACGGCCCCUGAAGACACAUUUGCACUAUAAGAGUACACGUCCGUAGUUCUUGUAUUUGUAAUUUUACACAAUUCACUCUUUGCAUCGUGGAAACUGGCACCACUGACAUUGUUAACCU